CUUCCGGUUUUAAAAAGUCAACAAAACUGAUUAAUUAAAAAAAAAUCUGAUGAAAAAUGAAGUUAGAGGACAAUAUUUGUCCAAUAUGUUUGUAUAUUUUUAUCCAGCCCGUCACGAUGCCAUGUGAGCACGAGCUUUGCUUGUCUUGUUUCAAACAGAACGUCGAAGAGGCCAACUUUUGUUGCCCGAUGUGCAGGACUAGGAUAUCAACCUGGGCGAGACGAGCAGCUAGAACAAAGAAACUCGUGAACAAUGAGAGAUGGGAGGAAAUUCAGAAGAACUUCCCUGAACAAAUACGUAAAAGACAGGAGGGGGAGGAAGAGGAAGAUCCUGAGAUGAAUGCAUUAAACAUUUCAAUAAAGUUGGCUGAGCCAGGAGAAAUCAGGAAUGAGUAUGAGCAGCAACUGAAAAAGUUGCAAGAACAGCGUGCGGAGGAGAGGAGACGAGAGCAGGAGGCAAGCGAGAGGCUGAUUCAAGAGAUACAAGAGGAGGAAAAGAAACGACAAGAGGAAUUGAAAACCCUACAAGAACGUGAUGAGGAACUUGCAAAACAACUCUCACAGAUUGUGAGUCCGGAAGCACAAGCAGAGGUAAGGACACGGUCAGCUGCCAGUAAUCCUAAAGACUCAAGGCCAGCAAGCACAAUGGAAAAUUUCCUUGGUAAAUUAGACGAAGAUGAUGCAGAAUGCCUUAGUCCAGCCAGAAGCCCCUAUCCUUACCCUUGUUUGACACCAAUCAGCAGUGGGGCUGGUAAACUAUGUGUAGAUAGGGACAAAGUUAAGCAAAUGGAAGAUACGUUCCUAAAGAGGAAAAUAAAGAAAGACAAGAAUUUGAUAACUACUUCAGAUAUUGAGAAGUUGGAAGAGACUUUUACGAGAAAUUGCAGGUCCAAGACAGCAUCAGCAACGGAAAUUGCAAUACCAGAGAUAUUACAGACUGGUACUAAAGCUACAGCAUCCCCUACCCUAACAAAUACAAUGAGCUCAGCCAGCCUACACAAGAGUGAAAUCCUGGACCAGAUGUCCAAGGAAGUGUGCAUCAACCUUGUAGAUGAUGAGAGCAGUAACAGUAACUUGAUCAGCAUAGAAAGCUCACCUCAUAGUGAAAUAAAAGAGCAAAAUAUAGAGCAAGAUCCAUUCUUGAGGAGCAUCAGUUCUCACAGCAUUGAUAGUAUAUCUCAAGAACUGAAUCAUUUUCGACCUAUACGUUCCUGUCCUCUUACUCCACCCCGUCGUCUUCCCAGUGGCAAGGUCGUCGAGCCGAAACUGAUACGGACCACUCCGCGGAAUUUGAGUGGAUCAGGAUUUACCUCCCCUGUGGAGACCAACAUGUCAGAUAUAGAUGCAGGGAGUCCGGUGAUGCAGAGACGGUUGAGUCAGUUAGCGGAUGAAAGGAAAGAUCAGGUUGAGAGAAUGAGCAAAUCAACAAGUACAGGAGUGGUUACCUCCCCUGAUGAGAAUCUUAAUCCAGAGAAGAAAAAGUCAGCAGCAGGAAAUCAACUCACGUUCUCCCAUCUUAGUAGCCGCAGUGUUGAACUUAAAGAUAUUUCGAACUCGCCUUCAACUACGCAUGAUUCCCAUCCUUCAAGGAAAUUGAUAAUUCCAUUAGAGCCGGACUUGGCCGAAAAUGACUGGCUAGGAUCGACUGGCAGCUUUUCUCCAGUAAAAAUUGAAAGAGUAACACCUGUACAACUAAGUGAAAGUGCCAGGAAAAGGUCAUCAAAAUUGUCUCGGAACCGGGCAGCAAAAAAGUCAAAGGUACGUUACACAGCAGAGGGACCUCAGCCGUCGUUGAUGAACUGGAUGAAGAAAACUGACCCUCUCUGUAUUGACGAAGAUGGGAACAGCGACGAUAUAGUGAGUAAAAGACUUGAUGAGGUUGAUGGUGAGAAAAAACUGCUCGAGAAAAAGCCAGUAAGAAUAACGGGUACAUCAGCAUUGGAUGAAUAUCUAGCAAAUGGUGCAGCUAGCAACUAUAGCCCAAGGUCUAGACGAAAUCAUAGAAUGUACAAAGAUCCAGAUUUUGUAUAUGAAAGUUCAGUUAUGGUUAGGAAUUAUGAUAAAACAGAAGAAAACGAGUCUAAUAAUGGCAGUGAUGAUUUUAGCUUUUCAAAAAACACAACAAAACGAAAGUUAUCUUCAUCAGACUCUUGUUCUUCAUCUCCGAAGAAAAAGUCCAGAACUAAAAAUAGAGAUGAGGAUGAAAUACUUAGAAGAAAAGUAGGUCUUAAAAAACCAAAACAACCUGUGAAAUCUAGGAAACUAGCUAAGAGUGGUUGUGUUACGCAGAAACCUAAAGCUGUACGAACUAUGCAUGACUUCUUUUGUAACCUAAAUAAUAAUAGUGUAGAUGAACCUCGGUCAGAUGAAGAGUCGGAUCAGGACGAAAAAGAGUUAGAUCAGGAAGAAAAAGACAGAUUGCUUGCAUUGGAACUACAGAAACAGUUCGAGUUGGAAGCGAAAUUGAAUCUAAGUGUGCUUCGAUUUAAGGGGACAUCGGAAGAGUAUUCCCUUAGGAAAAAUAGAAAAGUUAAAGAAGUUGCAGAUGCAUAAAGUUGUCUACACGUUUUAAGAGGUUUUUGAUGAUUACAUGUAGUUUUUUUUUUUUUUUAAUUUAUGUAUGCAUAUAAACUUAUUUAACCUUUAGCCUGCUGGCGGCGAAUAUUUCAGCCUUUGCGACCAGUGCAGACCAAGAUCAGCCUGCACAUCCGUGCAGUCUGAUCAUGGUCUGCACUGUUCGCUAUUCAGUUAGUAAAUUUUCAGUGAACACCCCUUAGAAUAAUAAAUGGUAUUGCCCAAACUGAAUGAUGGAACAGUCCAUUUUAGAAAUUUAGCAGGCUAAGGGUUAAUGUCUUUACUGUUCUCUUAAGACUGACGGGUCCCUUAUAUAGUUGUAAGAAAAGGAUCAAAUAACUGAAUGUAUUCUUGUUAAGAUAAAACUUUUUAAAGCUCUCUUGUGUGGAAUGGAAAUGAUUUUUAGUUCGUUUUUUCGAAGAAAAAGUAGAGUUAUUGCAUGCCUGCCAGUGUGAAAUUUUUUUUGGUACAAAGGUUUUGAUAAAGUCAGAUAUCUCUGUUACUUUUCGAGUGUGCUGUCUGACAGCUCUUGUUGAAACCUGUUCUAAUGCAAGUGUAUAGGUUAGUUUUUAAUUCCCUAAAAAUGGAAGUUUUAUAUACUUUUAUUAAGGUUUGGGGAUUCUCAGGACUUGCUGAGGACCUGUGGUCAUCAACGUUUAAAUAUUGUUUGCAUUGACAUGGAUUUAGAAUUGCUGAUUAAAUAUAGAAAUAAAGAAAAUAUUUACUUUGCCAUAACUUUGUCUGAAGCUGCUUAAAUUAUUUCAAACCAUCAAGAAGAUUCCUUGCAGUCUAUUUAUAUUUGACAAAGCUUUAGCAAUAUAAAAAUUUUCAUUUUUAAUUAAUUUUUAGCCUACUGGCGGCGACUGAUUCUGCCUUUGCGACCAGUUUAGACCAAGAUCUACCUGCAUGGCUGUGCAGACUGAUCACGUUCUGCACUGUCUGCUAUUCAGUCAGUGAAUUUUUAGCGAAUACCCCUUCCAGCCAUAAAUGCUAUUGCCCAAAUUGAAUGAUGGACCAGUCCAUUUUAGAAAUUUAGGUAACAGUUAACAGUUAAAGAUUCAGACUUUAAUCGUUCAUGAAUAUGAGCCCUGGGUAUUUUCUGGACUAACCAAGAUGUUAGCCUUUUAAAUUGACAAAAUUUAUCUUUUUGAAUUUAUGGAAAGAAUUUUUUAAUUAAGUUAGAUGAAUUCCUAUAUUUUUAGAUAAUUCUUAUAUAUGGUAAUUCACUUUUACACAAAAUACAGACUACUUUGUUUUAUGUAAGUGCAAAAUGAGUUUUAUAUUUUUCUGUUACAAAAUCAAUAUAGAAAAUUUUAGCUUAGUCACAAACUGUAGAAAUUAGUGGAAGAUGGAGAUUCGGAAAUUAUUUAUUCAUUAAUUUGUAUGUUAUACACUUGGAAACAUUAAAAGUCUCAGAAGUAAGCUCACAGACCCAUACAUUUUAUUGGUGGAAAAUAUAUAAAAUUGUAACUUUGUGAGAUUUUUAUAAUAAUCUAUAACCAGAAAACGAUUUUGUUAGGGUAUUCAGUCAGCCAUUUUGGAAUUCAGGCUUUUAUAUCUGUAAAAUUUCAAAUUUGACUUUAUUUAACAACAGAUUGUUAUACAAAUAUCAGGAUGUUUUAGUAAGCAUGAAAGCAGCAUUUCUAUUUACUUUUAUAAAUUUUGCAGAAAAAAAGUCCAGAAUAUUGCAAGUGAAAUUUACAAUUUUGGACAUAUAAUCAACAUUUUUAAAGAUCUUUAAUUAAUAAAUUAAGAAUUAAGAAAAUCUUACUACCACCCUUAGAUUAAGUUAGAGAUCUUGUAAAUAAGGUAUAAGUAAUGUCUGGAUCUGGCAAAAUAAAGCUGAAAUUCAUGGAAAUCUCUGUUAGGAUUUUGUUGAUCAAAGAGUUGUUACCGGUAUUACUCUGUAACUAGCAUUAUAUUUUAAGCAGAUAGAACAUUUGGGCAUUAAACUGUGAAAUAUUUUAUAUGUAUUUGUUCGUAUUAUGAUUUUCUCUGUGUUUCUUUGUGGUGUGUAAAUUUGCCAUUAUAAUGAUUUACUGGUACAUCAGUUUUAAAAUUACUUGAAGAGUAAUUAACCCUCACCCUGCUCAAUUUCUACAAUGGAAAUGUUUAUCUUGCAAUUUUAUCACUACCAUUAACUAAUAAAAGGGGUACUUACCAAAACAAUACUGACUGAAUGGCGAAAAGUGUAGAUCAUAAUUAGGCUGCAGGCUGAUCAUGAUCUACACUGGUCGGAAGGGCAGAAUCCAUCAUGUCCAGAAUGAUAAGGGUGAAAAUCUGUUUAAAACAGAGCACACAAAAUGUUAAAGUUUUAUGUUAAUCAACUACAGUGUUUUGAAUCUGUCUUUAACCUUUAGCCUGCUAACAGCAAGUGGUUUUUGCCUUUGUGACUACUGCAGACCAAAAUCAGUCUGCACAUCUGUGCAGGCUAAACAUGGUUUGCACUGAUAGCUAUUCAGUCAGUAAAUUUUCAGUGAACACCCCUUUGCAUAAGAAAUGGUACUACCCAACUUGAUUGAUAGACCAGUCCAUUUUAGAAGUUUUGCAGAAAAAAGGUUAAAGUGUUAAGAUUUAACCAUGGAUGAACUUUUAUUAUUUCAUGUUUUCUUUUUCAGAUCAUUUAUUGAAAUUUAAUGGUGACAUAUAUUUCAAAUGUUCACUGUUUCAAUCAGUGAGAUUAUCAUUUUAUACUUUUCACUGUCAAUGGAACUACACUUGAAACCGAAAGAAUAUAAAUUAUAAUUACUCAGAAGUUCUCACCAAAAAGUACAUUCAUAAAGAUAUAGAGGAUAUUUGUUUGUUUCAGUGUAAGAUUGAAAUACAUGAUGCAAUAGGUUCAUUAGUGGCAUAGCCAAAAGUGUACUUGUAAGAUACAGUGUUCAUGAAUGAAAGAUAUUUUGAUCUUGCAUGUAAAGCAAACUCGUUUUAAUUCAUGUUUUGACUAAAUUUACCCAUUUGAUAUUUUUUUACCAAUGAAACUUGCAUUUGAUAUUUUUCAUUGUGAUAAUUGUUAUAAACAGAAGUUUAUAAAUACCUACAAAAACAUAAAGGUAUGGUCCACACUACUGUAAAAUCAUUUAAUUUCGUGGUUUUGAUCAAAUCGGCAAUUUCGUGGGGAUAUGAAUUCUUGGAUUUCAACUUUUGAACAUAAAUUGAAUGGGAAUUUUACUUGUUUGAUGGGAUUAAAUUUCCUGGAUUGACUUAACCACGAAAUCCAUGAAAAUUAGUCUCCCCUGAAUAUUAAUGAUUUCACAGUAUAUUGAAAUGUAAAAGAGAUCUAAAAAAUAAGAUAUGAAGAAUUAUUUCAAUUUGUUUUGUAUUAACAUUAUGACGUCACGGUUCUGCUUGUGAUUUUGCCAAGUGCGUGUGACAUCGCUUGGGUAAAAUUGAAAUAAUUUGGUUAAAACAUUGAAAAGACAUGAAAUAAAAAAGAAAAUUUAUUGGUUGUACAUGAAAGAACAAAAUAUCUUUCACACAUGAGCAUCAGGACCAAUUUAUCUAUAAAAUAGUCAUAUGUGGUUCUGAUAUAGAUGAAAAAGUCAACAAUGAAGACUCAUAAAGGGCAAAAACAAGCAAUUAACAUAACAGACUUAGCUAAGCAAUUAGUUAAGUUUUAUCGUGAAAUUCGGAGCCCGAUUUUCAAAUUUCACUCGUGGCUGUGUUAUGAAUAUGCUACAUCUAAUGCUCACUAAAAGAAACAUAUUUGAGCCGCACCAUGAGAAAACUAACAUAGUGCAUUUGCGAUCAGUAUGGAUCCAGACCAGCCUGUGCAUCCGCUCAGGAUCCAUGCUGUUUGCUUACGGUUUCUCUAAUUGCAAUAGGCUUUGAAAGCGAACAGCAUGGAUCCUGACCAGACUGCGUGGAUGCGCAGGCUAGUCUGGAUCCAUACUGAUCGCAAAUGCACUAUGUUGGGUUUCCCAUGAUGCGUCUCAUUUAUAUCUUGCACCUAAACAAACAAAUAUCCGACUAUAUCAUGUUGCAGAAAUUAGCCCCGAGGGGGAAACUUUUCUAAGAACAUAUAUUGCCUAGUAGUUGGUCUUGUUUAUGUUUCAUUUAAAUUAAAGCGUUAAUAAUGACUAGAGAAAAUUCUCUACUUAGUGUGAAAUGAGUAACUCUUACCAUGCUGGGCACAAUUGGUUUGCCUUUUGACCAGUGAAGGUCAUGUUCAGCCUACACUUCCGUGCAGUCUGAUCAUAAUCUGCACUGUUGGGUAUUCAGCCAGUAUCAUUUUGAUUAGCACCUCUUUUAACUGUUAAUGGUACUGUCCAAAUUGAAAGAUGGAAGUUCAUUAAAAAUUUUUAGCAGUGUUAUAUUCGAGGGGUACUAUUUUUUUUUGAUUUCGUUGAAUCAAUUCACGAAAUGAAACCCCAAAAAUACGCAGAUUUUAUAUUAAUCUUUUUCUUAAGAUUUGAAAUCUACGAAUUCGUUUUCUCUCAGAAUAAUACCCAUUUUUGUCAAAAGCACAACAUUUAAUGCUCAUGAAAUCAAUUGAUUUGACAGUUUAAGGAAUAAAUUGUUGCUUUGUCAUACUUGAUUGAUAGAAGUAGGCUUGGAUGCUGAAUUUGAAAGCAAAGCAUUUCAUAUACGUAAGAAACUAAAUAUUGAUGAAUAAUAACAUGAAUGAAUGAUUUUUGAAUUUUCCAGACUUGUUUGCAGUCACCUUAGAUAUUUAUUUAGAAAAUAAUUUUGUAUUGAAUAUGAAAGUGUUGAUAUUUUUACUUUGUAAAUGAUAGAAUGAAGAAGUUUGCAGUAUCUGAUAAAACCAUUUGUUUGAUAGAUUUAUUUCAUGAAAUGAAACAAUAUAUCUCAAACAGUGAUUUGUCAUUGAGUAAAAUCAUUUUUUUUAAGUGUUCAGAUUUAAAGGAAUUAUAUCACCCUCGUGAUAUAGUAUAGACAUCCGAACAAUGAUUUUAUUCAAUUGAAAUACAUUUUUAACACAAUAAUUUCAAGGGUUAUUAUGUACACUUUUGAUUACAUAACCAAAUAUUUGCUUUUUUGUGUAGUUUUAUUUUACAGCUCAUAAUUUAAAUUAUGACAUUUGACGCUGAGACGAAAUAAUUACGACAUACAGAAAGUGAUUUUGUUGCGUAACAACACACAGUUUCAGCAUUCUUCAUUUAUAGGAAAACAGAUCUGGUCAUGUUAGAAGAAUCUUUAACUGGUUUUCAAAUACAGUGUAAUCAAUAAUAAUUACUGUUUGAACAGACAAAGCAAAGAUUUCCAUUUAGACAACAAACUUUGCUGUAAUUGUCUACCGUUGAUUUGGAUAGUUUUAACUGAAUAACUGGGAUGUCAGUGCUUUCAAAAUGCCUGGGUUGUCAGUUACAUUUUCUUAGGAACUAACUCUUACAGUUUCCAUCUAAAUGAUAUUAAACUUGGUAUAAAUCUUGAACCUGUUUCCUCAUCAAUUUUAGAAAGUUGUUUGUGCCAUUGUUUAGUCUUCUAAAUUAUAUUCUGCGAAUCGGAUAUAUACAUUAAUAUAUACAUGAUAUUAGAGUGAUUGUCUUAGACUAGAGUCCUUUUAUGUUUUACUAUUUUCAUACCUGCAAUAAAAUAUUGUUAAGUGUUGAA